CUCUUUCUUGCUUUCUUAACCUUUUUUUUUAUUUAUUUAUUUUUCCCUUCUUGUCGCAAGUCCUCUUCUGCCUUGUCAGCAGACCACAUCUAUCCAAACGUGGGAGACCUACUUACCACAGCCCAAGCCAGAUCAGUUCUACUAUUACUACCAGUAUAACAAUCGCCACCCUGCUGACUCACACCUCCACGACAACAGCUGCACAAGAACUGCAGCAACUGUGGCCAAGAGGCUCGUCUCCUAUUUGACUCCUACUUCACAGCCGCCAUGCGUACAUCAUCGGACUCAUUCGACAUUGACAUGGAGGCUGCUUCCAUUCACAGCAUUCAGUCCUAUACUACCGCACCCGACUAUGAAGAAAGUCAACUCUUUGAAGUCAACAACAAUAAUAGCAACAAUACUAACAACAAUAGUAGCAAUAACAGUAGCAGUAGUAGUAGCAGUAGCAGUAGCAGUAGCAGCAACAGUAACAGUAACAGUAGCACCAUCCAUAAUGGUAAUAGCAAGAGUAACAAUGUUGGUAAUAAUGAUCGCAAUAGUAUUGACUAUAGCGAUGCCUCCAACGACUUGCAGGCAACGGUUCCAAUAGGAAAUACCAUCGACACGCCUGCCCUCCAACAGCAGCCAUUAGUACAGAGUCAAUUGUCCCACCGAAAGGAACAGGAGAGAGAGCAUGAAUGCGUUCAGCUUAAUGAAUCUCACACUGGAGACGUAUGGCAACCAUCAGAAGAGAAGACCAAUUAUGAACUCGAGAACAGCACGAAUAACUCAUUACAGCAGCAACUAACUAUCAUUCACCCUAACCUUUGUGACCUUUGUCUCCCGUCAACCACUGCUCCAACCAUCUAUGCCCUGGCUUCAUCUGUUCCUAAUCCCACUGUCACCCAGCUUUCAAUGAACCCGCCCAACCAACCAGCCAAUGUAGAGCAGGUCGCAGUCCCCUUCAAAACCGUCCUAUGCCCACCUCCAGUGAUCCACAACAGCACAUCAACAUUUCCAAUAGCAGACACAUCAGCUUUAUUGCUCCCAUCGAAUAAAGAAGUUGAUCCGUUUCUGCAACCAACGACUCGUGACCAUAGGAUACAUAUCCUCAACUCCCCAGACAAUAUUACCACAACUGUGGGCGUAAAUCUUGGAAGCAAUGGCAAAGAUUGCAAAAAUAAUGAUGGAGGUUCUCUUCCAACUCUUGUAACAACUGGUCCAUUAGCAGAACAAAAUUUACCUCAGCCUGCUGUUACGGUAGCCAGGGUAGACAUUGGUGAACAUGUUGCUGUCCCUUCUACAGUGAAGCCGCUUACUGACGCAACAAGCACUGUUGGAAAUGGAUGGUCUAAUAUGAAGUCGGGUUUAGUAUCCCCACCACUAUCCACAACCUUUUUUACGCCCUCACCCAACACGACCAAAACACCCGGGCACUAUGUAGUACAUGAUCAAUAUCCGGAUUCAAACCAGGUCAAAGAAAAGGCUGAGCAUCAGCAGCAUGGAGUCGCAGAAAUUGGGCGCAAAGACAAGCCGAGGGCGACUGUUUUCGGUUUUGCACCGCUGUAUAACAAGGGUGAGCAUCUGUCCAACGUGGGAUCACACAAGGAGCAUGCCUCUCAAGAUGGACAUAUUUGCCAUACAUCGCCAUUCGAUCAUAGAAGAGGCCCUAUUGGAAAUACAAAGGACGAGAUGGAUGACCAUGGGACUAACGAGUCAUGCAUGAAUGGAAGUGGCAGCGACAGCUAUGGUAGCGAUCCCAUGAGUGCCAAUUUAGAUGGAGACCGAAAGAGUGGCAGCAAUGUGAACCCAAAGCUGUCGAUCCCACACGCACGAGCGGGUAUAUCCUCGAUGCUCAACUUGAACCCACUACAAGAUGUAGUUGAAUCCAGGGUCGAAAUGGAAGAAUCGGUCGAGUCUUUGGUUAACAAGAAAGAUUGGAGUCUGACAGAACUAGGACCCCGACCAUCAUGGCCUACAGAACUGACAGCAAUGCUCCAACUCGUAUUGCAAUCUUCAUUACCUCUGGCAAUUUACUGGGGAGAAAGUCGUCAGUUUUUAUACAACGAUCCCUGGCGGCCGAUAUUGAAACAGAAGCAUCCCCUUGCCUUGGGUGCGCCCGGAAUAGCAGUCUGGAGCGAGAUUUGGGACAUAAUAGCACCCCUGAUGACUCAGGUCCAUAAAGAACGUCGCGGUAGCACUAAUAAUAAAGCGCUUCGUCUUGAUCUUAAUCGUGAGGGGUAUGAAGAAGAAUGCUAUUUCGACUUCACCUUUUCACCAAUCUUCAUGCAGGACGGCUCUGUAGGAGGAGUUCUGGCUCUAGUCCAGGAAGUCACACAGUCUAUACUCAAUCAGCGCCGACUAUCAACAUUGAAUCAGUUUAGCAAACAAGCACCCCUUAUUCAGUCCAUUACUGGUGCCUACUCGAUGAUCACAUCCAUACUCCGUGAAUCCAAUAAUCCCGAUACCCCAUUUUCAAUCGUGUACAAGACCGAAGAGAUACUAAAAGAGCCACAACUUUCUCAUGGAACAUUUUCGUCAAAUCCUUCCAAAGCGACUUGCAAUUCACCUUCAACCGCAUCUCCCGCUAAUGCCAUUUCAGGAGCUACAUUUUCAGCUCUUGAAAGUGCAACUGGAGGAAAUCCAUCAAAGCACGAAGACUUCCUUUCGUUAGGAACCCAUGCAGGUAUACCUUUAUUCUCAGGAGAGCUGGAUCAGGAGGGUUUGGACUUUGCUUUGGGUAGUAGCGAUAGUAAGAUUAGUGCAGCUGUUAGAACCAAAGUUAGAUUGAUCCGCUCACAUUUUUUUACUGGUAUUUCUCCAGGUAAAAAAGAAGCACGGAGAGUGCCACAGAUGGCGACCCUGUGUAGCACAUCAUUUGAUCGAAAUUUAGAGGCGGCGAGUUAUAGUGGCACGACCGAAAGGACCUUCUCAAAAGCCACCUCGACAAGACAUAUCCCGGAUUCGCUUCUCAUCACACCUGAAGAAUACGAGCCUCUCGAUCCUUCGGAUCCAAUAUAUGAUGAUCCAUGGACAUGGCCAGUCCGUUCCGUCUUAGCCGAUGGUAUUCCUCGAUUAGUGACUUUACCAAAGUCCACUCACAAUCUUGCGAGAGCGUUACUGUUACCAAUUCUGGAGAACCCUUCUGUACUGGAGUCAAGGAUCACGACUAUAUUAAUCGUCGGUAUCAACCCUUUUCAGAUGCUGGAUGAUCAAUACCUGGACUUUUUGGCGCUUUUGGUGGCAAAUAUUGCAUCACUGUUGCAUUUUGCGCGAGCACGCGAGGAAGAGCGAAAGAGCGCACAAGCAUUAUUUGAGUUAAACAAAGCUAAGAUCUCGUUCUUCCAGAAUAUCUCCCAUGAACUACGAACCCCACUGACAUUGAUGCUUGGACCAUUAGACGAUGCGUUGGGGCAGACAGCAGAGAACACAUCAAUACGCCAAAACCUAGAAAUGGUACGGAGGAAUUCAAGACGACUACUCAAGCUGGUCAACAUGCUACUUCAGUUCUCCAGAAUUGAAGCAGGAAAAGGUCACGCUAUUUUUGAAGAGACGGAUCUUACUAAAGCUACACGUGAAGUAUCAGCAAAUUUUGAGAGUGUAGCCCGUGGCUUCGGGCUACAGUAUAACAUCAAUUGCGAGAGCUUGGAUGAUAUUCCGGGAGGCUUUUGGGUAGAUCAGGCUAUGUGGAGUGGUGUUCUCCUCAAUCUAAUCGGAAAUGCAUUCAAGCAUACGUGGGAAGGCUCUGUCACUGUACAUCAGUACCCGUGCAAAGACAAAAAUGGCCGUAAUGGAGUUGCUGUGGAUGUAAUAGAUACAGGCGUUGGUAUUGCAGCCGAAUACUUACCCACGCUUUUUGACCGAUUCAACCGAAUCGAGAACAAGCAAUCACGUUCACAUGAAGGCACCGGCAUUGGCCUUUCCUUGGUAAAGGAGUUAGCAGAAGUUCAUGGAGGGGCAGUAUCGGUCACGUCUGAACUGGAAAAAGGGUCAUGUUUCCACCUGUGGAUCCCUGCCGGAAGAGAACACCACCCUUGCUCUCAAGUCAAAUUAGGGGACUCUAUGGAAAUUGAGGACCCACCGAAGCUAGCCAAGGAUGGAGCUAUAAACAAUAAGACUGAUUCCUCCAUGUAUAUCGAGGAAGCGACUCAAUGGAUCGCUUACAAGGCUCUUCCCGGAUCUACACUAACAACCUCUGGAACAGACUCAACCGAAGAGGAGAAACCCGAAGAUGACGACGACGACAUGGUCCAUACUGGAGCCGACUACAUGCGCGACCGACAGGAUUCCAUAGAGAUCAACACCGAAUAUGAAGUAUCGACCUUGAACAUGGAAGAAACAGAAUUGACAAAGAUACUCAUCGACUCUCCAGUAUGCGGAGAUGUAACAGUACCAGAGAAUACGUUGACCAAGAUUAGCACUCAAAUUGCGCCUCGUCAGUCAUCCUUUUCCGCUCAAAAUCCUAAGGCCCCUGUAACAGAGAUCCUGAGUAAGGAUGAUAGUGAAGCAAAUCCUCAAAUCAACGCCAGCGGCAACGAUGGUAGCGUAUAUGGGAUCCAAGACCAGAUGGAUAGACUUGAGCAGGAGCCAGGAGAUAACAUGUGCAUGUUGCCAAAAGUUCGCUCCAGAAGAGGAUAUAUCAUCAUUGUAGACGAUAACAAUGACAUGCGGUCAUAUCUACGCGAGAUUUUGGGUAAAGAAUUCAGGGUCCGUUGUGCUGUGGACGGUCUGGACGCGAUCCGACUCAUCUCUGAGAGACUGCAGCAAGGCAAACGAAUUGAUCUUGUAUUGAGUGAUGUUGCGAUGCCAAACAUGAAUGGAUACGAAUUACUAAAACGACUCCGUAGUGAUAGUGCAACAAUGUUGACACCCUUCAUCCUACUGUCCGCACGUGCAGGUGAAGAAGCAAACGUUGAGGGUUUGGAUCUUGGUGCGGAUGACUGCUUAGUCAAGCCUUUCUCAACUCGGGAAUUAUUGGCACGCGUACGGUCGACAAUCCGCCUCUCCGAUCUUCGGCAUGAGUUGAUCCGCGAGCAGCGCCAUGCUCUUGAGAUGAAACAGCUAAUAUAUUCAGUCUCUGUUCGUAUUAGGAGCGGCCUUUCGCUUCCUCAAAUUUUGGAUACAGCUUCUAAAGAGCUAUUCAAAGUGAUCCGUUGCAAUGCUAUUCGUAUUUGUCGGUUCCGUAAAGUGGACCAGGAAACAGGACAACAUUGGAUCCGAGCGGUCUCUGAGGUUGUUCGUGUGGGAAAACCCAAGAUGUCAACAUCUAUAGAUCAUUUACUCCCGAAGGGCCUAGAGGUCCAGGAAACACAUGUUAUUGGAAGCGAUCAUGACAUGGCUAGUGAGAUGAGGCAUGUCACACUUCAGCAGCAUCCGAUCUUUGGAUCAAAGAGUUUCAUUAGUGUGGCUCUGAUCUAUAACCGCAGAAUUUGGGGUUAUCUCCUGGCUUCGCGGGAUGCAGAUAUGGUAGUUUGGACUCAGAGUGAGAAGCUAUUAUUUGAACAGACAGGAAAUCAAAUCUCUAUGGCGAUUGCUCACGCAAGCUUGUGGGAAAUGAAGAAGUCACAACAGGUUGAAAUGGAAGCUGCUCACGCCGCUAACGAAGCUAAAUCACAGAUUUUGGCUAAUACAAGUCACGAACUUCGUACACCAAUUGGAGCAAUCGUAGGUGCACUGAGUGCGCUUGAAGACACGGACGGAAACUUGACGGGAGAACAACGCGAUAUGAUCAAGAUCAUGCAAAUCACGAGUGAUGUCGCUUUGUCAGUAAUUAACGAUCUACUGGACACUGCAAAACUUGAGGCAGGAGCAAUGAGCCUUAGCAUUAAGGAGUGCCCUGGACUGCUGGAGAUUAUAGAACAGUCUGUACGGAUCUUCGCAGACAAGGCAGGCCGGAAGGAAGUAGACUUAAUCAUGGAACCAAGCGAUGAUUUGGAGUGGUUGGAAGAAUUGUUACAGCAAGACAAUAACGUUAUCUGGACAGAUGAAGAUAGACUACAGCAAGUAAUUAUGAAUGUGAUUGGUAACGCUGUCAAGUUUACUGCUGCCGGGAAGGUCCUUGCUCGUUGCUCACUAAUCAAGGACGACGCCAGUGAAGAUGAUGAUCAAGCCAAAGAACAGUCAAGGCUACGGCAAAAAGACGAUCAUCAACCUCAACAGGAGCGAAAUCAUCAGCAACAACUUUUCAAUGUGCCACUCCCGCCGGAUGCACAAGUAACAAAUGCUACCUUACGCUUCGAGGUGGAAGAUACAGGCAUUGGUAUUGACCCAGACUUUUUGAAGAACCAUAUCUUCAAGAGCUUUGCACAGUACGACCAAUCCAUGACUCGACGCUUCGGAGGCACUGGCCUUGGUCUUGCUAUCAGUAAACAUUUGGUCAUGAUGAACGGCGGUAUUCUCGGAGUAACCUCAAAUGUUGGGCAAGGAUCGACUUUCUACUUUACUUGGCCAAUCCUCAUCGUUAACUCUCCAUCCUCUACAGCUACUGCUAAGACACCUUAUCUACAGCGCGGACCAUCUGUUCGUCUCAUGCUGGCGCCUGAGAUCGCAUCUGAGACACGUGUUGUCGUUGUGGAGUCAGUCCCUGAGUCACGACACCUAUUAGGUACUAUCCUGAAUCAACAAAACGUUCAAGUGAAGCUGUAUGAGAGCUAUGAUCAUGUUGUGCAGGAUGAGCGGGAGCGCCCAAGGGAUCUGCUUGGAUCGGAUGGAGUCAUUUUAGCUCCGAAUUAUCGACCUAAUGCACAUUUUUUCUUUUGUACACGACCUGCUAAUGCCGAGGCUACGAUUGAGACAGCUAGACAACUUGGGUUGCUAUUCAAGCAGAGAAAUGACACAGCUAAGGCAGAAGCACAGUUGGGUGGACGCUACAAGGACUUGGUGCUCUCUAUUGUUUUGAUUGUAUUCUCAUCCCCCCAAGGACGAUAUCUGGCCAAGGACAUGAUGAAGCGUAUUUGUGCAGGAGGUCUGGAGCAGACAAUUCAAUGUCGGUACAUUGUUAAACCUGUCAAAGCUGAUAGAGUAGUCGAGUGCCUACAGAUGUUGGGCUCACAUGCACCGUACAUCCGAGACAUAACAAAUCCAAGCCCUGAUGCCUUCAACACAGGGACCAUACAGGAUAAGCAAUCAGCUUUGACUCAAAACCCGCCUCACGAACUUCCUGAACAACCAACUGACCAUCACUCUUGCCUGGAAAUUAACUGCAACGACGCAAAUAUUUCCCCUACCGUUAAUUAUCCAGAAAGCCGAAUCAUCUCAGUAGAUGAGGAUGUCAGUCUCGUGUCGAGUGACUAUGAGCGAGACAACGACUGCAACAAGAACACUCCCGAAUCUGCGCCCGCGAUCUGUGAUAGAGAUGUUGACGCAUCCAUGAGGCGGCCCUCUCUUUCAGCCAACCUUGGCAGCAGCGGCAAUAUUGACAGCGAGCACCCUAUUCCAACCGCUCGCGUUCAUGAAGCUGCGGCGGCUAAUGGGAUACUGCCAUCAGGUCAACAUCACCCGCCAAUGCGGUCACCUGCCCUUGCAAUACAACGAAGGCUGCGUAUGAAGGCUGCUGCAGAGAGCCUUGCAGGGAAUAGCAACGUCAAUGGGGCAUCAUUAGUUAAAAAGCCAGGAACGGCUAAAGAUGAUUCUGUUAAAUCUUUGAGCAAUGAUCCAGCUUUCAGCAGUCGAGCUGCACGUGCAGCCGCCGGCAAAAGAGAGCGUAAAGGCAAAUGUGUUCUCUGCGUUGAGGAUAAUAUUAUUAAUUUGAGGGUUGUGCAAUACCAACUUCAGAAACUCGGAUAUGAUACACAAUCUGCAUGCGAUGGUCAAGUAGCAGUUGAUAUUAUCAAGGCCCAAGUUGAGAUGCUUAACCAAACAUCCUCACCUACCAGCAGUAGCACCCUUUUGGACGUGGCUGCAGGAGAAGAAAAUAGUGACAGUAGCAGUCACCCUGGAAUUAGAGCGUCCUCAGCGGCGGACAAGGCUCCUGUAUCUGUCAAUUCGGACACGUCUGCUUCACAGGCCAUGGUAUCUACUUCUCUUUCGGCUCUUUCUAUACCAGCUAAUGUAUCGAGCGCAUCCUCGAUCUCGUCUGCCUCAUCCUCGCAGUCAACUGUCCCGCUUGAAACAAUUGCAGCGACUACAAAAGCAUCUGCAUCUCCAUCAGUUGAAUUAAUGAACAACGUCGCUGCUGCUGCAGAUCUCCUCCCAGAUAACUCAUCACCUAAUGUACCAGCUAAGCAAGCUAAAAUUGACUUGAUCCUGAUGGACUGUGCAAUGCCAGUCAAGAGUGGCUUCGAUGCGGCCAGUGAGAUUAGAAGCAUGGGUUUGUCUUCAACGUUUGCAGCUAGUAUCCCAAUCAUUGCUCUGACAGCGAGUGCUGUGCCGUCGACAAAAGAGAAGUGCCUUGCCAGUGGCAUGAAUGGAUAUUUGAGCAAACCAACAAAGUUGGCGGAUCUGGAGGCGAUGUUGGACCAAUGGAUUGCAUAGAAAUCUUUAAAAUUCAAUGC